AGCCGUCGAGUUCUAGGGGCUUUCCUCUCUUUUUACUUCACGCGCCAUUCUCCUGCCGCCGUACCAACCCCCCCCCCCCCUCCCCUUCCUCGCCCGACUGGCGUUUCUGGAGGCUCCGAGGUCCGUCUCAGACGUCACCCCAUUCCAGCAGCUCCCCUGCAAGCCGAUCAGAAAUCACGCAUUUCUUCAAUGACAACUAUGUUAAUCCUUCUACAGUAUUACUGGCACAGACAUUUUUCUUGGUAGUCUUGGACAGCCUGACCUUUCUUCCUCUGACAAGGAUGAUUUAAGGAGGUAACUUAUCCCCUCUGCUUUCCAUUUUGGAAGUCUUGUCUUGUGGAUUGGAAAACAUUGCUUUUUUCACACUUAAAUUUAGCAACUCACUCUCAAAAAAUGUUGAGAUACUGGGGAGAGAUCCCAAUAUCAUCCAACCAAGCUAACAGAAGCUCCUUUGAUUUGCUCCCACGGGAGUUCCGUCUGGUGGAAGUCCAGGAUCCACUCCUUCACCAACCCUCUGCCAAUAAGCCACGACCAACCACCAUGCUGGACAUCCCAUCUGAGCCUUGCAGCCUCACCACCCACACAAUCCAACUUAUCCAACACAACCGGCGCCUACGAUGCCUCAUUGCUACAGCCCAGGCCCAGAUGCAGCAACAGGCAGAGGGCAUCAAAACUGAAGAGAGUGAACCACUUCCAUCCUGUCCAGCUUCACCCCCUCUUCCUGAUGACCUGCUUUCCUUGGAUAGCAAGACUGGUAAAAUGCCAUUCCAGCUCAGGCACAGUGACCCAGAGAGUGACUUUUACCGAGGAAAGGGGGAACCUGUGACUGAACUGAGUUGGAACUCCUGUCGUCAGCUGCUUUACCAGUCAGUAGCCACAAUCCUGGCUCACGCAGGCUUUGAAUGUGCAAAUGAAAGUGUCCUAGAGACUCUAACAGAUGUGGCACAUGAAUAUUGCCUUAAAUUCACCAAGCUGCUUCGCUUUGCAGUGGACCGGGAGGCCCAGUUGGGGCAGACUCCCUUUCCUGAUGUUAUGGAGCAGGUGUUCCAUGAGGUGGGCAUUGGCAGUGUACUGUCUUUGCAGAAGUUCUGGCAGCACCGCAUCAAGGACUAUCACAGUUAUAUGUUACAGGUUAGCAAGCAGCUCUCUGAGGAGUAUGAGAAGAUUGUAAAUCCUGAGAAGGCCACAGAAGAUGCCAAACCAGUGAAGAUCAAAGAGGAACUUGUCAGUGAUAUCACCUUCCCUGUCAGUGAGGAGCUGGAAGGAGACCUUGCAUCUGGUGACCAAUCUCUGCCAGUAGGAGUUCUUGGAGCUCAAAAUGAAAGGUUCUCUUCCAACCUGGAAGUGGAGGCUUCCCCACAAGCUUCAGGUGCUGAAGUAAAUGCUUCCCCUCUUUGGAAUUUGGCCCCAGUUAAAAUAGAGUCCCAGGAAAGUGAAGAAGGCACUGUCUCUGGGCAUGGCGUACUAGGCAGUGACGUCUUUGAAGAGCCCAUGUCAGGCAUCAGUGAGGCUGGGAUACCCCAGAGUCCUGAUGGCUCAGAGAGCAGCUAUGGGUCCCACUCCCCUGACAGCCUCAUGGGAUCCUCCCCUGUAUUCAACCAGCGUUGCAAGAAAAGGAUAAGAAAAAUAUAGGAGGAAAAGGAAGAGCUUUUAUUCCAAACCAAUAAGGUGCCAAUCAUGGACAAUGAAUGGAGACAGAGGGGUCCAGAGGCUGUUCCCAGAAUCUCCAGAAAUGGGUUUGGCCAAAAAUGGUUUUUCCCCUCCAUGGAGACUAUCAGUACAGUUUUGCAUGAACAGAAACAGGUGGUAAUCACGAGACCGGAAUUCUGUUUUGGCUUCAGUGCUGACUUUGGGAUGGGAACAAGUUACUGAACUCUGAAUAUGUUCUUCUUUUCUACCAUGAAAAACACACACAUGUUGGCUGCAACUUGUUUCCCUGAGAGAGUUCUGGAGAUAGUUAUGGUGAUUGACCAGAUAUGUGUUAAAGCUAUUACUUAAUAGCUGUGUUUAGACUUGGGCCCUCUACCUAUACAGGGAUUUUGUAUAUAUGUAUUUUAUUUCGUUUCCUUCAUUAACAGGUGGAAGUCAUUAAAAGCAAAUAGCCAACACAAAUAAAUGGCUUCUUCCACCAAUAAAUAUCAGCAAUGCCACCUGCGACAUUUUUUUAAAGCCUGUGGUGUGGACACAUGUCACCCCAACCCCUCUCAGUCCUGUCUUUUCUUCUUGCUUCUUCUUUGUCCUCCAACCUCUUGAGCAGGCCUUCCCCCCAACUUCAUUUUUUGUAAAGUAUGUUGCCUUAGCCUUUUCUCCUUUUCUUUCAUACUUAUGUGUGUGACGGUAUCGCGGUGGAGUGUGCUUAAGUAAAACUGGGAAAAAUAAAGGGAAGUUCUUUGGCCUGUGGAGUGGCCUGCAGAUUAGUGUUCUUCUGAUGGUUUAUCUAGGGACAAAGUUGUGCUGUUACUGCUAUUCCCCGUAUCGUCUGAACAAACAUUUAUUAAGCACUUAAUACAUAUCUAGAGCUUUGGAAAUACAAAGGCAGAACAAAACUCCACCUGAUUAAGGAGUUUACACUGUGGUGGGGAAUUAUAUAACAUGCACAGAUUUUAUAUAUAAAGUAAUAAAAGAAUUUUAAGAGCCUAAGCCAACAUGAACCAGGUCUGGGCCUGGCUGGUUGCACUGAGUCAUUUUUUGUCCUCCUUAGCAUGUUAUCCCUACUUAGAGUUACUUCAGAAAAGUCUUCUAAUGAUACUCAUGCUAAAAUCAUGGCUAGGUUUUUCUAAAUGAAGCUAAUAGAAUCCUCAACUCCUUUGGUGCACAGAAUAAAGUGUUAGAUCCAGGGUCAUGAAAAUCUGAGUUCAAAUCCAGUCUUAGAUACUUAACUCUGUAACCCUGGACAAGCAACAUUUAACUCCUGUUGGUCUCAGUUUCAUCAACUGUAAAAUGGGGAUAAUAACAGCACCCACCUUGAAAGUUGUUAACAUUAAAAGAGAGUAUUUGUAAAGUGAUUGGUACCAUGUCUGGCACAUAAUAGGUGCUUAAUAAAAAUGUUUAUUCUGAGGCUAGGUAGCACAGUGAAUAGAACAUUCAGACCUGGAGGUGAGAGAACUUGGGUUCAAAUCUAACCUUAGAUACUUCCUAGCUGUGUGGCCCUAGGCAAGUCACUUAACCCAUUUGCCUAGCCUAUCUGUUGUUACUAAGACAGAAAGUAAGGAUUUUUAAAAAUAAAAAUGUUCAUUCUCUAUAUGCAACAUGGGUAUUGAGUAAGGGACAGCUUUUAUUUCCCACACAGGAAAUGCAAGAGACAUAAAGGAUUUAUGAACAAAUGCAAAAAACAUAAGCACACAAUCCUUGAGCUUUCUCCGUGAUCCCCAGAUUUAGGAAAUCAAACUUGGAAUUGCCAUUAGAGCUAUAUCCUGUCUUUAUAGGGAAAUCUCCAAUAAAGUCAUAUGCUGUCCCCAAGUGUGUCAUUGUAGUUUAGAUUCUCCCCAGAGGUAACAUUUCAAGGGUGAUGAGCAAGCAUUUCACUUUCCAUUAGACCCUUACUGUAGACUCAGCAUAUUCAUUAGCUUUGUCCUCCAUGUAGAUAUUACACAGGAAUUAUGUGGAUAAUUUUUCCCAAAAAAGCACCUGACUUUUGGAGGGCAGUGAUCACAUAGCUAGUCUAGAUUUUUCCUACUUGGUAAUGGAGAAGUUAACCAAUAACAAUUGGUGGGAAAAUCGGAUAACAAUGGAGAAAAAUUAGAUCUACAUUUUGUGUCAUCUAGAAAAAAUUCCAAAUCAAUGAUCUAAAUUUAAAAAUGUUAGAAAGUUGGAAUAAAAUGGUAUGAUAGCUAUACCACAGUUGUGAAAAGGAAGAAAACUAUGGUUAAAAUAUAAAAAAAUAUAAACAAAAGCAGAACGGGUUGAUCACAAAAUUCAACAGAUUUUUGUACAAUAAGUCACUCAAUUGUUAAAAAAUGGAAAAAAAUAUUUUGCAAAUCCUUUUGACAAAAAGCAAACAUACAAAAUCUAAAAAGAAUGUGGUGAGUAUAAAGAAUAAGUACCCAAAUGUUUGAGGGGAAUGUGGAUAGAAUCUAAAUUAUCAAUCACCACUAGAAAAAUUCUUGCAAUUCCCUAGUAGUCAGAGAAAUAUGCAUUAACAUUUUUUUGGACCAGACUUUUAAUUUGAUUAUUAUAGGAAAUUCCCAAUGCCGGUCAGCACUUUCUUUGUAACUAAUAAGUCUUGGAGAGUUAUCUGGGCCACUGGGAGGUCCUGUAACCCUCCAGGGUCACACAGCCAGCAUGUAUCAGAAACAGGCCUUGAGCAUGUCUUCCUAACUUCAAGGCCAUCUGUCUAUGGCAUGCCACCUCUGCACAAUCUUAUACUCAUUAAAUUGGCAAAAGUAGUUAUAAAUGAUAAAAUUCAGUGUUGGUAGGGCCAUGGAGAAAGGAUACACUAUUUGCAGGCUGGGAGAAGCCAAAUAAGAACAAUCUUUUUGGAAAGCAAGAUGGUGAUGUGUGAGAAUCAAAACCUCAGAGGCCAUCUACAUGCCAGUUGAAUGUAAGCUUCUUAUAGAUUAAGGGCCAUGUCUUCUGUCUUCUUAAAUCCCCAGUGCCUUGCAUGUAGUAAGUACUUAAUAUUUGCUGGAUUAUGUAUAAUGACAAAUGCCCAUCCAACUUUUGUGUGGAGAUAUACAAAGAAAAAUAAAGGGGGGGGGGGGCUUCAAUGUAUACAUCAGCAUUUUUCAACCUGAAUCCUGUGAAGCCCAUUACUUUUUUUUUUUAAACCUUAUCUUCUGUCUUAGUUGAUACUGUGUUUUGGUUCCAAGGCAGAAGAGCAGUAAGGGCUAGGAAAUGGGGGUUAAGUGACUUGCCCAGGGUCACAGAGCUGGGAAGUGUCUGAGGCCAGGAAACCAAUCAAUGUUUUUCUUUGUAAAGAUAUUUUAUUUUACCAAUUACAUAUAAUUUUCCACAUAAAUUUUCUAAAGUUACAUGAUCCAAGCUGUCUUCUUCCCUCCCCUUUCCCAGAGAUAGUAAGCAAUUUGAUCUGGAUUAUACAUAUUUUAUGUAAAAUACAUUUCCAUAUUGUUCAUGUAAGAAAACAUUCAUAUAGUCAAAACCCAAUAAACUAAAGUGAAAAAUCA